AUGGAGAGUAAGAGGAGUAGGAGUAUAAUGUGGGGAGAAGGAGUGGGAGGGGUUGGUGAACGUUUUAAGGGAAAUAUCAGAAGAAGUGAAGAAAAUGUGUGGGGUGUGAGGGAAGGAGAAGUAGGAACACUUACCCUAUUUCCAUUGUUGGUGAUGGUAAUUAAAUCUCAAAGCAGCGACCCAUUGUUGUUCCCAACACAGGAAAUUUCUACAGCCGAAACGGAAGUCAAUAAAGUUUAUUUGUGGUCCACUACAAGUCCCCCGGAAGUUAAACAAAUCUAUUCACCUCUACAAACAGUUGCAACUCGACCACCAAUAGUUCCCAACCCCUAUUUUUCUGAUGUCAUACAAUCGGAGAUGGAACAACAUUUUCGAAGUGAAAAUUAUCCUUACAUUUACGAUACAGCUUCUAGUUAUGGAUAUCCAGUUUAUCCACCAACUCCUGAACCUACUUCAGUGGGACCGACUUCAAAACAUUUUGUUGUAGUUAGUUUUAUUGGAAUGCUUCUUCUUUUUGCUAUAAUUCAAAACACGAUUUUAUCAGCCAAACGAAAAGAUGGUUUAUUAGACGUCUUGUCAAGAAGAAAAAGAAGUCUCAUUGAAUCGAGGGGUUUAAUUCCAAUGAGCCCGGAACAAGAAUAUAUUUUAAACGAUGACGCAAAAUUGCGGUGCAUCCAAAGAACUGUUUGUUCGGAAAAUCGAAAACUUUUCAAAGACUUGGGAAUUAUUGGAAAAGUGGUAGCAAAAUAUUUAAUGAGCAGUAUAAAAGAAUCUCUGGAUAAAUAUUCAGGCUGGGAUCGUCUUGUGGAGGAUGCAGGAGCAGCUGGACUACGAGGCGAAGAUUGUAGUGUAAUUUACAGAGGAUGCAGUCCUGCUUCUUUAAACCUACAUAAAAAAAGUCAUCAGGAUCUAAAUAAUAAGCGACAACAUAAACAAAAUUAAGAAAAUUAGUUAAAGUACAAAAAAGAGCCUCGUAGUCUAUUAAGACGUUGAUUAAGUCGUUCAAACCUCCCCCUUCCAUACUUUCUCACUCCUACCCAUCUAGUUUCCC